UUGGUCCUGUCUAUCCAAUCCGAGGCAUCGCUGACAUUCUACAGGAGCCGAAAUGGGUCUAAUCUUGCUCUGUAGCUGUCCUCGUUUACCCACCACAACGCCCUUCGGCGGGUGCAUGGUGGUACUCGACUGCUGCUUUAAACAGCAGCACUGACAUGGAAACCCCAUUGCAGUUGAAGAACGAUUUCUUUCAAGAGCAGCAGUUCCAGCAUCACUGUAAGUGCCAGCACUACUGCGGACCAGAGGAACGCUCCACUAAGCAGCGCAACCAAUGCUGCACCUGCAAGAACUGUACCUGUGGUGCAAGAAAAAGCCUAGUUUUUCGCGGGACGUCGGCAACCACUCAAGGAACUUUAAGGACGCCAUCCGUAACGUCUUCGAGACAAGGUUGUCAAUUUAGCGUCUGUGAGUUUAAGCCCUCCAGUCAUGGUAGUUCACCCAGACAUCACCACCAUCAGCACUGCCACAAUCGGCCGCGGGGCAGCCCGAGCAGCAGCCACAAAGAGAGUAACUCGUAUAACGAAAUAGCCAUGAGCAGCUGCAGAUACAACGGCGGCGUAAUGCGGCCGCUGAGCAACUUGAGCUCGUCCCGCAGAAACCUACACGAGUUUGAUUCAGAGUCCCAGCCUUUACAACCAAUUUCCACCGCAGAUGCAUCGGACACCCUAGCAUCUAAACCGGAGAACAAUUCGACCACCCUGAUGCCCUACGCAUCGGGAGACGGAGGGGGUGGAUGUAACAACAGUGGCAGUAAAUCGGGUAAAAAGAAGAACCAGAACAUUGGGCAAAAGCUUGGACAUAGAAGGGCCUUGUUUGAGAAAAGGAAGCGCCUCAGCGACUAUGCUUUGAUCUUUGGGAUGUUUGGGAUCGUUGUUAUGGUUAUAGAGACUGAACUCUCAUGGGGAGCAUAUGGAAAGGAAUCCUUGUAUUCAUUAGCUCUAAAAUGCCUGAUAAGCCUUUCUACAAUCAUUCUUCUUGGUCUGGUUAUCAUAUACCACGCAAGGGAGAUUCAGUUAUUCAUGGUGGACAAUGCAGCAGAUGACUGGAGGAUAGCCAUGACCUACGAGCGCAUCUUCUUCAUCUGCCUGGAGAUCCUGGUGUGCGCCAUCCACCCCAUCCCAGGGAACUACACCUUCACCUGGACAGCGCGCCUGGCCUUCUCCUACACCCCGUCCAAGACGGACGCAGACGUGGACAUCAUCCUGUCCAUCCCCAUGUUCUUGCGGCUGUAUCUCAUCGCCCGCGUCAUGCUGCUCCACAGCAAGCUCUUCACAGACGCCUCGUCCCGCAGCAUCGGGGCGCUCAACAAGAUCAACUUCAACACACGCUUCGUCAUGAAGACCCUGAUGACCAUCUGCCCUGGCACCGUGUUGCUGGUCUUUACCAUCUCGUUGUGGAUCAUCGCUGCCUGGACCGUGAGGGCCUGCGAGAGAUACCAUGACAACAUGGACAUAACCAGCAACUUUCUAGGAGCCAUGUGGUUGAUAUCAAUCACUUUUCUGACCAUUGGAUAUGGGGAUAUGGUACCCAACACUUACUGUGGAAAAGGAGUCUGUCUCCUCACUGGUAUUAUGGGAGCCGGCUGCACAGCCUUGGUAGUGGCUGUGGUUGCAAAGAAACUGGAGUUAACCAAAGCUGAAAAACAUGUUCAUAAUUUUAUGAUGGACACCCAGCUGACAAAAAGAGUGAAAAACACAGCUGCAAAUGUACUGAGGGAGACCUGGCUCAUCUACAAGAACACCAAACUUGUGAGGAAGAUGGACCAUGCCAGAGUCAGGAAGCACCAGAGGAAAUUCCUCCAAGCCAUUCAUCAGUAGGUACCCUGUCUGAAACGCUGCUGGCAGUGUGGUAAAUACUUAUUACACACUGGUAUCUGCAGUCCCACACUUUGUCAUACAGUAUCACAGAUAAUAAUUACAAACCUGAGAUCUGAAUUGUUUGACACCUGUAGCCCAAAUCUGUAUUUACAAUGUUGACCUUUUUUCUUUUGUUGUUUCUCAUUUCACUCCAUUGUUUUGUAAUAUUGAUAAGUUGGAAUGGAGUCGGGAAGUAUUUAGUCCCAAAACAUGUCAGUAGUGCCCUAACAGCUCUUGAGAAGGAAUGAAUUAUAGUAGCAGUCAUGCUAGCUGUAUUAGUAUUCACUAGAAUGUCUAGAAACCAACCCUCAUAGGUCAAUUAUUUAACAUAAAAGUUGACUUGGUAGUAAGAGAAUUCUGAUACUAACUGUUACAUUCUAUAUUAUAAUAUCAUGGUGCCAUAGUGGUGUUACUAGCUAAAAUGUGGUAAGAAUUGCAAAGUAGUCAUUCAAUAUUUUUAUUGAAAGCAAUUUACUUAUUAGAUCAGAAGAAUGUAAAAGGACUGGGAGCUCUUUCUCAAUUGCAGAUAACUUAUCGGCAUUUAAUUAUUGGUUGUGCAAUCCAGUAUCUUCAAAACAACUCUAAACCAUUUGAACCACAACCUAAACUAACCUGCCUUCUCAGUGUUGACAGGAGAACUUCUCUGCCCACCCCCUAUCUCAUCCUGCAUCACCAUGAUGUAAGGACCUGCCAGUUCUAUUGCAUGUCAACAUGACUGUUGUGUAUCUAAGAUCGGAGUCAGAUGUCGUGCUGACCUCUGGGCCUACACGUCCGUGUGGUUCCUUUAGUCCUGUAUGAUCAGUCAGUUACUUGUCAGGUAGUCUCUGAGACAGUCUCUGCUCUCUAUCUCCAAAACCCUAUUGAUGUUAAUGUUCUCUCUUUUUAUAAACCUACGCCUACUUUUACCACUGCAUUUCCCACCUUUUAACUAAGCGACUGACUAUCAUAUGAAACUCAAUGAGAUAUUUCUUCUGUUUGAGGUCAGGUUUGGUGGAAAUUAUUAUUAUGAUUAGGGUCAGAUUAUAUUCAUAUGCUACAGUGGAACUGUUCUUUGUUUUGAUAUACUUUUCUGUGUUGUAUGUUUUAUCUGUGUUAACUGAACUGUGUGGUCUCCUGUGUGCAGCUUUUAAUUUGCUCAUGAUUAUUUUUUUUAUAUAUGCAUCGUAUACAAUGACGACAUUAAAAUAUUUGAUUCUUGAAAGGGAGUAUUGGCUUCUGCAACCCCCAUCCAAAAUGCAGCUGUUUUAUAGGCUUCUGUCAUAGUGGCUCGGGCAGGGUUAUUAUGUCCUCGGGCUAUUUGUGGUAAUGACAGCAUAUCAUGUCGACCUCCUCUUCUUUAGGACGAGCAAAUAAUAGGAAACCCUCAGGGUUUAGGCAGAAUCUCCACAGCACCAGAUUCAGCUGUAAAACGCCACUUCCACCACUUUGUUCAAGGGCAUGUCCAUCUCCCCUUUUGUACAGGCUCAGUAAGCCGUAUGAAGAGGGAGUGGGUCUUAGCAGAGAAGUUGUGGUUCUGAGAGCACUUCCUGGUGUGUGCUAAGUCAAGUGAUGCCUGUGGCCUCAGCUGCAGGGUUCAGCUCUAAGUGUGGCUUGCCUGGGUGGAUGUACUCACACCGUGUGUUGGGAUGAGUCAGUGGCCACAUUCAGGGUCUGCCUGGGAGCAUGCUCAUCCCUCAAGUGGAGGCCUGGAGAGGGGUCAGUGACCUGUCUUGAGGCAAUUGCGGUGGGAAAAGUAUGAAUUGUUCCUAUGCCAGAGCUGGAUCAAUCACCCUGUAAGAUCCACCACUGUAGGGGACAGAUCUGAGGGGAGGAGGAGGUAACUUUGUUCUUCUGAAGUGAGGCUUUUUCAAUGGUGUGAUCCUGGGGAAAACCUAGGUAAAUGUUAGCUAGACAACUUGUCAGCUGCCACAGCUGCCUGUCUGGUCAUUGGUUCUCUCAGUGAGGCUGGUCUUCCAUACAGUACUGCAUGCCUGAUAAACUUGGCCGGCUGGAGGGGAGGAUUAGGACAGGACCUCAGGGAGUAGCUAGCAGGGGCCGGACCAGAAUAAUGUGACAGGACAAUUGAAGUUGUAAACCCGAUGAUUCCAUCUGUGAUGGCCUGAGGUGAGGCAUAGCUAUGAGGUGCUGCUGAGGGUGAUAGUGAUGAUGUUAGUGUUGUGAUUUGUAUGUGUUGUUGUUAUUCAAAAUGGCAGCAGUGGGAUUGGGGUUGCAGUACCCAGGCCUGAGCAGGAGACUGAUCCUGCCAUCUGGACACAUUUAUCUGAUGUUGUAAUAAUUAUUUUGUCUAUUUUAUGUUUCCUUUUUUUUUCCUAUUUGUGUCGACACAAUGCAAUAGAGCUCGAAAGUAAGUCUUCGCCUCAACAUGUAGCUACAGAUAUGGUGUGUGCAUGCAAAUGAGAGCUUGUCUUUUUGACUCAAUGAUGUGACUAAAAAUGUCACUCCCUCAUUUGAUAAGUGAAAUUCAUACCACAGCUACACAUUUUGAUUUCCCAUCGAGCAAUGACUGAUUUAGAUAAUGUCACAUAAUGUACAUUUGUCUGUAACGCUAUAUUUCAAUUUAUAUAGCCAGCUACAACACCGUCAAGAUUUUAAUUUCUCUUUUAGAUCAUUAGCUGAACAGCAUGAUGAUGAGGCCAAAAUAAGUUAAUGACGCACUAGCCUACAGAAACCCAGCAUGGUCUCUUUAGAGAAAGCAAAGACCUCUUGAUCAAUUCUGCCCUACUUUUUAUCUAUCAAAGCAUUACACAUCUGCCAAUUAAGCAUCAAUGCCGACCCCUUCCCUCUGCACCUCAUUAAUGAGAAGACACAUACACUGCUAAUGUUUCCAUGUCACUUUCCCUUGAUGAAUUUCAAUUAUCGGUGAUGGAAGGUGUUUUUCUUUCCAUUGUUGCAUGAAUGUGAUGAGAAUUUGAUCUUUAAUCAGAAAUCCACUGAUUAAACUCCAAUAGUCUGUGCUUUCAUGAACCGAAGGAUGACCGCUGGUGCUUGAGGAGAGGAGAGGCUUGCUGUAAUAACUACAGAAUAGAACACAUCUGUCCAGGUUAAUGCAUACUCCCCCAUCAAUCUGCCUUAGCUACAUUAACCAGGGCUAGGGGUCAUCUUUCGGCUUGUGAAACCAUUGUGACGCCUGUAACAUUUGCAUUUCCUCCAUUUUUCUCUUGGAUGACUGGUAGCAAUAAAGACAGUGGCCAUUAUGACCACCAGCAGAAUUCACCGAUUUUAGGAAGACACAUUUUACAUGCAUAGCUGCACUGAGCUAUCCACACUCAUUAGUCUAGCGUAAUGGCUCGUAACACCCUUAGUGGUGUGAUGCAUUUGCCUACAACUAGCAUGAUGCAUGUACACAACCAGAUGUCUUCCACUAUGUUGGAGAAGAUGAGAGGAUUUUUUCGCAGGCACACAGAUCUUCCUCUUUAUAAUGACACCACCCUUGCACUCUUAGAGGCAGGGAGGAAGGUAGGGGUACAGGAGGAAGCGGGACAGGAAGCAGCAUGUGUCAGUUAGCUUGGUGACUCAGUGGGGGUGUGAAACAGGGACACGACCUGAGAAGCAAAGGUCGGGGUAAGCCUCCGAGAACUCCUCCUGCUUUAGAGACUCUGUGCUGUAACUGACACAGAGUGAGACUCUCUCCUCCUCAGCACAAAUCCCAGUAGUAAGACAGGAAGGGCAGAGUCAGGCAGCAGAACGGCCUGCCCAUUACAACUGAAGACUAAUUAGCAUCAGUCUUCCUACAGCGAGGUAAACAGGUCAAGACAAAGAUAGCAACCGCAAAAAAAUAUAUGGUGCAGCACAGUUGAUAAUGCCUUAAAGGGGCCAUCUGUGAUUGCUACAUCCAUUUUUUAAAAACUUUUAAAUGAACUAAAUAUUCCCAUUGAAUCUUGAAGAACAUCAACUAAUCCCAUGAGGGAUUGAUAAAUUAACUGUUGUACCCCAUUAAAACCCCAAAUAUAAGCUUGUUUUACUACAGAUGUGCGCCAUGUCAUUUCAGCAAGCCAUGAUACCCACCAUCUCAGAUUGUUCUUGAAAUCGUUUCUGUAGUUAGAAACAGGUAAGAUUAGCAUUCCUGAAACACUAUCUUGUUGAAAUGUAAUUUGAUUGCAGAGCAAUUAAGCAAAUUAGGAUUCAGAGUGACGAAGCGGUCUAAGGCACUGCAUCAAAUCCAGGCUGUAUCACAUCCGUCUGUGAUUGGGAGUCCCAUAGGGCGGCGCACAAUUGGCCCAGCGUCCUCCAGGUUUGGCCGGAGUAGGCCGUCAUUGUAAAUAAGAAUUUGUUCUUAACUGACUUGCCUUGUUAAAUAAAGGUUCAAUAAAAAAUAUACUUUUCAAUAAUAAUAGUACGCAACAUCCGAUGUGGACCUAACUUCUACUAAUGUGUAAGGCAUGAGGAAUCCCCCCAAAACGCCAAAGGCCACCCAUUGACCCGCCACACCCCAUGCCAAUCCCACUCCAAUGACCAGUGUACAAUAUCAGUUUUCAAUGAUUGACAAGUAGUAUCGCUCUGCAGCAUGGAGUAUUGCUUCUUCAUACUAUGUAAUCUAUUCAUUGUGAAUUUGGUCAUGUUUUUCUCCUCUGUUCAGAGAAAUUAGUUAUUAAAGUCACUUGCAUCAUUUCACAUAAAGUAGUAUGAAAGUAUAGGGAUUGGACCACGAGAUGUUGUGGUUCCUGCUAUCCCGCGAGAUGCUGUGGUUCCUGCAAUCCCGCCACACCCUUUUAUCCAUUUUGCUGGUCUCUUGUGUUUAUUAAUACUGUAUAUCACAACAUUUCCUUUGCAACUUUGGGUAGAAAACCAAUAGAUUUGGCUUUUAUGAUGAAAAUAAAUUGCAGUCACAAUUCAAGCCAGUCCUCCAUGAAAACCAUGCAGUUUAUCCUUCUUUUACGCGUAAUCUGUGUCCAGGAAAUGGCCCCUUUGUAUGUGGUUUAUUCCCUUUGAAAGAAUUCUGGCUUCGUUACUGUUAGACCAUUCCUUGUGAACAAGCAAACCAUUAGGCUACAGCAUUUCUGAUGGCUUCAAUGUUAUGGUCUCUAAUGGUCUUCACGGGUAACAGUCCCAAACACACACUGUAUAGUGUUUUGCAAUGGUAGUGGUAUUGGGUUAAAUGGCAAUGUCACUAAUCCCAAUACAUAUAGAUCUGUUUCCUGAUAAUUGUAUUAAUAAACAUAAGACUGCCAUGCAAUGUAUUAUUUUAUUAGGAUUGUCACAACAUUUUAGUCACUAGCCCAUUUCUCCAUCAAGGUUCUGGGCUUGUUGGAAAAGUCUUCAUAGGAGAAUUGCGCCAUACAGAUAGUCCUCUCAGAUAGAUGCCACUUGUUGGACUAUUCAAGGAGAGUUGGGUUGAAGCAUUAGGUUGCCAAGAGAAGGACAAACUGAAUUGCUUCAGAGGACUUGUGAAGUUGACCAGACAAUUUAUUUUCAUAAUGAGCCAAAUACACUCUGCUCAAAAAAAGAAAGGGAACACUAAAAUAACACAUCCUAGAUCUGAAUGAAUGAAAUAUUCUUAUUAAAUACUUUUUUCUUUACAUAGUUGAAUGUGCUGACAACAAAAUCACACAAAAAUGAUCAAUGGAAAUCAAAUUGAUCAACCCAUGGAGGUCUGGAUUUGGAGUCACACACAAACUUGAUCCAACUUUGAUGUAAUGUCCUUAAAACAAGUCAAAAUUAGGCUCAGUAGUGUGUGUGGCCUCCACGUGCCUGUAUGACCUCCCUACAACACCUGGGCAUGCUCCUGAUGAAGUGGCGGAUGGUCUCCUGAGGGAUCUCAUCCCAGACUUGGACUAAAGCAUCUGCCAAAUCCUGGACAGUCUGUGGUGCAUGGAGCGAGACAUGAUGUCCCAGAUGUGCUCAAUUGGAUUCAGGUCUGGGGAACGGGCAGGCCAGUCCAUAGCAUCAAUGCUUUCCUCUUGCAGGAACUGCUGACACACUCCAGCCACAUGAGGUCUAGCAUUGUCUUGCAUUAGGAGGAACCCAGGGCCAACCGCACCAGCAUAUGGUCUCACAAGGGGUCUGAGGAUCUCAUCUCGGUACCUAAUGGCAGUCAGGCUACCUCUGGCGAGCACAUGGAGGGCUGGGCGGCCCCCCAAAGAAAUGCCACCCCACACCAUGACUGACCCACCGCCAAACCGGUCAUGCUGGAGGAUGUUGCAGGCAGCAGAAUGUUCUCCACGGUGUCUCCAGACUGUCACAUGUGCUCAGUGUGAACCUGCUUUCAUCUGUGAAGAGCACAGGGCGCCAGUGGCGAAUUUGCCAAUCUUGGUGUUCUCUGGCAAAUGCCAAACGUUGUGUAAGCACAACCCCCACCUGUGGACGUCGGGCCCUCAUACCACCCUCAUGGAGUCUGUUUCUGACCGUUUGAGCAGACACAUGCACAUUUGUGGCCUGCUGGAGGUCAUUUUGCAGGGCUCUGGCAGUGCUCCUCCUUGCACAAAGGCGGAGGUAGCGGUCCUGCUGCUGGGUUGUUGCCCUCCUACGGCCUCCUCCACGUCUCCUGAUGUACUGGCCUGUCUCCUGGUAGCGCCUCCAUGCUCUGGACACUACGCUGACAGACACAGCAAACCUUGCCACAGCUCGCAUUGAUGUGCCAUCCUGGAUGAGCUGCACUACCUGAGCCACUUGUGUGGGUUGUAGACUCCGUCUCAUGCUACCACUAGAGUGAAAGCACCGCCAGCAUUCAAAAGUGACCAAAACAUCAGCCAGGAAGCAUAGGAACUGAGAAGUGGUCUGUGGUCACCACCUGCAGAACCACUCCUUUAUUGGGGGUGUCUUGCUAAUUGCCUGUAAUUUCCACCUGUUGUCUAUUCCAUUUGCACAACAGCAUGUGAAAUUUAUUGUCAAUCAGUGUUGCUUCCGAAGUGGACAGUUUGAUUUCACAGAAGUGUGAUUGACUUGGAGUUACAUUUUGUUCCCUUUAUUUUUUUGAGCAGUGUAUAUAGGUUUUCCACCCAAAGUUUCAAAGGAAAUGUGAUCUAUUUAAUAAACACAAGAGCAGUAACAUUGAUGUGUGGUGGUAUAACAGGUACAGUGGUAUCUGGUGGUCAAAGCCUAGUACUUUCCUAUUACUUUAUGGUAAAUAAUGCAAGCAACUUCAAUAACUAAUUUCUCUGAAAAGGGGACAAAAACAUAAACAGUGAAUACAUUACAUAGUAUGGAAAAGUAAUACUCCAAGCCACAGCUUCAUGCUACUUGUCAAACAUUGAGAACUGAUACUGUAUACUGGUUGUUGUUGUGGGAUUUGCAUGAUUUUGGGGGGGAUUCCUUGUGUCUUACUCAUUGGUAGGAAGAGGUUUGGUCCUAAUGUUGGGUACUAUAGUUAUUGAAAGGCCAAUUUGGAUGCAAACAAUUAGCUUUUUUAAGACAUUAAAUUAUAUUUCAACAAGACAGUCUUUCUGGAAUGCUAAUCGUAUAUGUUACUAUUUCAGAACAAUCCGAGUUGGUGGAUGUGGAAAUCCUCUUUCUUGUGCUUUGAGGUAGAACGAACCAACAUUGUUUACAAACAAUGUAAUUGUAAGCCAACACUGUAUAGCCUCAAAACUAUAAUUUUGAUAUCAUGGAUGGUCAGUGCUUGAAUCCAUAGCACUGUCUAUGAAUUUGAGUGGUUACAUUUCUCCAACCCCAUCCCUCAGCUUUUGAAACAGUGGAGGGGUCCCACUUUGUUAUUGUUUGAACAGCAGAUUCUUCCUUUAAAGAAUUCAAAGGGGUGUUGAAAAGCUCAGCAUAGCUGUUUCCCCCCUGAUGAAUAGCAAAGCAAAUAAGAAACUAUUGAAAAUUCAGGAGCAUUGAAUCACAGAAGGACAUAGAAUAUUGAGUAUGAGGGGGCAGGAUGCUUUUAUAUUCUGACCCCAGCUUCCUGCCUGCCUUGUUCAUCAACACCAUUUGACAGCUUUUGGUCAUCCAACCGUGAAAUUGAGAAUUCUGACAAGUCUAACAUCUCAGCUGCACACAACGUUUUAAUGCGGAUGUCUUUCACACUUUAGUACAUUUUUUAUUUUCAAUUUGCCAGAUUACUUGAACAAUAAAAGUGCUGUUUUUGCAAUAACAUUGGCUACUCGUUUUAGAAUGUGCUUCUUCUGGACCAUACGGCUACCCUGUCACUAGCUGCUGAGGCAUCGUCUUUUGCCUGUAGGAUCCUUCAGUGGCACUUUUGGUGCCCCCUGUUGGUCUAACUUGUCAUCCAGCUCCACACAUCUUUGCCUGUGAACUGGAAUGACUAACAAUGAUGCACCAUUGCAUGAGAAUAGAUUAAUCUAGCAGUCACUACCGACCCCUCAUAUUCUUCCCCUUGAUCUACUGUGCUGUACACCAUCAAAUUCACACAGUCCAAUUAGACCCGCUAACUCAAAAGCCUAUCUCAUCAGCUAGUCUGAGAGCAUUGGGUUUUAUCUGAAAGAAAAAGCUGACCACAAGGGCUAUGUUACAGUCCUACCUCCAGCUCGCCCCGUGUGUUGGUGUCAUUCUGAUUUAGCAUGCAGCACGGGUGGUUGUGAAGAAAAAAAAAAAGCUCUCCUGUUAUCUUGAAAGAUCGAGUGUGGUACUGCACAUUUGCUGUUUUCGACGUGCCAGUUAGUGUAGGUGGAAAUCACUUGCUUUAGUACCCUAAUUAAGCAGGAAAUGUGAAUGAUUUAAGUCAGCUGUAUGGAUUGAAAGUUACUCAUUUUACUCUGGCUCUUGAAGAGGGGUAUUUUAUUUGUAUUUUUUUUUAACCUGUCUGCGUCACCAACACAGAAAAGCUUUAUGUCAGCUGGAUGAGUUUCCCACUAUGUAACAAUUCAGCACAUCACUGUCAGUACUCAGUAACUAAGGUGAUUUUACAUAAUAUACCAGAUGGAUUUUCUCUUUUAUCAAUAACACACUCACAGUCCAAAGAUAUGCGCGGGUAUACUGCAUAAAGCUCAGUAAUAUAAUCUUGUUUUUUUUUUGAUCAUUUAAUUAUAUUUUACAAUGCUGUAUUUGUUUUUCAACUACUUUUAAUUGAAAAUGAAUUUGUAUCCCCUUUUAUAUAGAGUUUGGCUAUCAUGGCACUUCAGGUGGAAUUGCUCUGAUUGACAGUUUUGAUUUUCAAAAUAGAAAAACACUGUCACUUGAACAAUCUGCAGCUUUUUGAGGGAUUAAAUCAUUCACUAAAAUGGAGAAACCUCCAAGUGUUUGGAUUAAGCUUGUAUUAUUAUAGUGUAUAUACACUGCUUUAAUCCUAUAUUUCAGCUAAAUCCCAUUGCAAGCGAUUUUAUCUCCCUAGUUGAGCCCUUGUAUGUUACUUUGUUGUAGAGUUCAGGGGCUGAAGAUUUACUGCAGUAAUAGACAUUCUCCUCUCUGGCAGCUUCUAUACUCUGGUCUUCACUUGCAUGCAGCUCAACCAAUCAAACUGUCUUAAACCAAUUCCUGCAUUUUCUACACACAUCCUGUGCAUGUCCUAGGAGUGAGUGCUCUCUAUGUGUAUGCCUUCCGUGUGCACAGAUCUGUUAAACCCAUCUUUACCAAAUAGAUACAUUUAUUGGGUUCUGAAUGGUCUUCUGUUCAGAUUGAGAAGUGUUAAA